CUUAUGAAUAUUAAUCAGCAAAAACAACCAAACCUCAUCGCUCCCCAACCAAACCAAUCAUAGAAGUCCUCAAACUUUUUCCGGUUUUACUCUUGAAUCUGUAGACUAUAAAGUUUGAUCGGAGUUGUGAGUCUGAUCUUCAGUCUGGCGAAGAUGUGGUGGGGUGGACAGGUGGGCUUGCCGGCGGCGGCGGGGAUUUGCUCGCCUUUACUCACCAAAGAGCUCUCCUUGAUUACCGAAAGCAACAAUAAUGGCGAUAAUAGUAAUGAAGAGAGCAGAGAGAAUUAUGAUAAUAAUGAAGAAGAAGAUGAGUGUAGAGAAGGGGCGGUUCUUGAAGUGGGCACAAAGCGGCCGAGGGGGCGGCCGCCGGGGUCGAAAAACAAGCCGAAACCGCCGAUUUUCGUCACGCGCGACACCCCGAACGGGCUGCGGAGUCACGUGAUGGAGAUCGCCGGCGGGACGGACGUGGCGGAGAGCAUAGCGCAGUUCGCGCGGCGGCGGCAGAGAGGCGUUUGCGUCCUCAGCGGCAACGGCGCCGUCGCCAACGUGACGCUUCGGCAGCCCACGGCGGCCGGCGCCGCCGUGAUGCUGCAAGGUCGGUUCGAGAUUCUGUCGUUGGCCGGGACGUUCCUCCCCGGGCCGUCCCCGCCCGGCGCCACCGGGCUCACGGUGUACUUGGCCGGCGUUCAGGGCCAGGUGGUUGGCGGGAGCGUGGUGGGCCCGCUCGUGGCCGCCGGACCCGUCAUGGUCAUCGCCGCCACCUUCGCUAACGCCACUUAUGAAAGAUUGCCGAUUCUUGAAGACGACCCGCCGGACUCCGCCGCGCAAUUCCCUAUUGAGUCCCCUCCGCCGCCGCCGCCGGCCGGAGCGGACCACCACGGCCUGCCGGAACCCUCCUCUUCCCUACCUCUAUACAACCUCACACCAAAUCUGUUUCCUCAUGGAGCGCAAUUGAGUCCUCAUGAUGCCUAUGCUUGGCAACAUCCUCGGCUCUCCAAUUUCUAAGGCCAUCAAGAAUCUCAAGAACUUUAGGACCAUGAAGAGAACACAA